GUGAAAGUUGGCAACAUGGAUGCAAAUAGUUAUUGGGAAGUGGGUACAGUACCCAGUGCCAAUGUCCAGUGGGAUAUGGCGGCUUCAUAUUGCCAUACUGAUGUGACGAAUGAUUUGGUGGACCGUUUGGUUGAAGUUAACUCACAAAUAUCGUACAUGGUUUAUCAGAUAACCGAAAUGAGCAAAAUUAUCUGGGAUUUACAGUUCAAAAAUGUAGAGCUUAAGAUCAAAUUGAAUGAGCCAAAAUUACCAUCUUACAGUGAACGUAUGGAACGCAUAGACAAUAGGAGUACGGAAAACAACCUUUCAAUGGUUCAAUACACCAGCAGUGAGAGCAGUAGUGAUCAAAUUCGUGAAAAAACCCAGCAAUCGAAAUCAAUUAUUCUUAAACCUGUUUCAUUAAAUACAAAAGAAAUCAAAAUGCCAACUCUACUGGAAGCCUUGGAGGAAAAAUACGGUCUCGGAGGUCAGAGAGACAAAUUGGACGAAGCACUGGUAUCGAUAUUUGUGCCCAAAUUGCCGCCUAGAUUGAGCGUUCCAGAGUUGCUGAUUCUCAACGACUGUAACAUCGAUAAAGCGGGAGAACCAGAAGACUUGCGUCGUAAAUGUUGCACCGUAAAAGAGUUGGAUCUUGCCCAAAAUAAGCUGGAAAAUUGGGAAGAAGUUUUCGGAAUUUUGUCUCACAUGCCCCGCGUUGAAUUCGUCAACCUGAGCUUGAACCGAUUGGGAGGACCAAUUGACAUACCUCCACCAUGUAAAAUGGAUCGACUCCGCAGUCUGGUGCUAAACAACACAAAACUAGAGUGGUAUGGAGUGGAAACCCUUCUGCGGUUGCUUCCGGUUCUGGAAGAGCUUCAUUUGAGCCUUAAUGAGUAUACACAUGUGCUGAUUGAUACCAUCGUGGACGAUGGUUAUGAAACAGAGACUACUACUGAUGAAUCAUGCUGUGAUGAUACAACCUGCCAACAAUGCCAAGAAGAAGAAGAAGAACAAACCCAAUCUAGUCGUGGUCAGAAACGUAGUGCUUCUGAAAGUUCUAUGUACAAGAAAACCGAAGCGCAUCCUGGUGUCAAGAAACUGCAUCUCACCGGUAACCACAUCAGUCAAUGGAGCGAAAUAUGCCGAGUUGGACGAUUGUUUCCGAAUUUGGAAGCCUUGGUGCUAGCGAAUUGUCCCAUUAGGUCACUUUGUCCACCUGACGAGAACAACGAAGAAGAGCAAAGCAGUUCAACGUCUUCCCCGCCAACGAAAACGGAAAGCCAUGAGCAUUUCAAGAAUUUGACACUGCUGAAUUUGAGCAAUGCUAAAAUCGAUUCAUGGGACGACAUCGAUCGAUUAGCACGGUUUCCUGUGUUGAAGAACCUCCGCGUGCAGUGCUGGCCAUUGUGGGAUAAAUGUGAUUCGACAGAGCACGAACGACGCCAGCUGUUGAUUGCCCGAUUGCCCAAGAUCAGCAUUCUCAACGGAGGGGACGUGAUUGGGUCGGUGGAGCGCGAGGACGCGGAGCGAUCCUUCAUUCGGUAUUACCUCGAUAAACCGGAAAGUGAUCGACCCGAUAGAUACUUUGAGCUAGUGUCGGUUCAUGGCAAGUUGGAUCCACUGGUCAACAUCGAUUUGAGACCCGAGAGACGCGUUAAGAUUACAUUCACUUACGGAGACUCUAGUGAGGAGCGAUCGGUAGAUGUGUAUAGAACGGUUGUGGAUCUCAAGUCACGUUUGGAAAGAAUCGUUGGGCUUCCAGCAUCGAAGAUGCGUCUGUUUUACGUCGAUCAAGAUUUGCGUGACCUCCAAGGCCUUGAAGAGAUGAAAUACCCCCACAAGCGCUUGUACAGCUACAAUAUUCGCUCCGGUGACGAAAUCAUCAUUGACCAAAAGCAUUAGCAGCUACACUGCCCCACGUAUCUAUAGCAGAGUAGAUUUUUUCUGGAACAAACAAUACAGUAAGAAUAUGAAAUACACAAAACGAUUGGACUGCCAUUGUUACUUGUAACGACGCAAUCAAAUUUAUGACUUAUGGGCAGCUACUAUAUACGUCUUUCUCGUAAUUUACAAAACGCUUAAAAUAGCUCUAGUGCGUAAUUAUUGAAUCGUAAUUUAACGCCCUAAUUAUUUAUGCGUAUCCCCAGUGCACAAAUCAAACCCGUACUAUAUUAACGUAUUAGAACGAUACAUAAUUAAUCAGAUAAAUGGACUGUUGAGACAAUAUUGGCAGUUUUGAAAGUAGUCUUCGGUUAGACAAAGUAAGAAGCGUACACAAACUGUGAGUCAAGAUUGGUGAGAAUGGAAACAUAACUGAUGUCAUAUCUCUACUUAAAAUGCGAUUGUGAUGAGUGAUACUUGUGAAAUGCGAAGAAGGAGAAGAAAAUAGUAAUAAUCUACAAAUGUAACGAAUAAAAUAGCAAUUGAA